AUGGCACCUGGUGGCUUUAGCGCGACGGCCAAAAUAGAGCUUCCUGAGUCUAUUAUUGAUGCUAUUACGCUUCCUCCCCAAACCGGUGGCCAUGAAGUUAUGGCUGAUAACAUUUGUCGGCAUAUUACAUAUGCUGAUAUCACGAUGUACUCGAAAGAAAUGAUUUCAGAUGGUCAUAUUCCUGCCGGUCGUCCCGACUCCGAAAGAUUUGAAACAUCCAGCCCGUACGUUGAAAACCAGUACGACAUAGUGAUUUGUGGUGGCGCGGUGGCAAAAGCUCAUCUGAUGGAGCGGCACCGCAGCGAAUGCGAACGGUCGCUUUUGACGGUCUCACAAUUGGUCUUCGCAAUGAAUCGGCUUAAACCUGGAGGUUCAAUAGUUCUGCUUCUUCACCACGUCGAGUCCUGGGAUACAGUUUGCAUACUCCACGCCUUCAAUCAGUUUUCCCACAUUCAACUUUUCAAACACCCUAAGUGCCAUGCUAUCAAAUCCUCGUUUUACCUUGUUGCCAAAAACAUUGACUUACACCACGAAAACGCCAUAAUAUCGCUGUCCUAUUGGAAAGACCUUUGGAGAUAUCUCACGUUCAAGGAGCCUGGGAACCUCCCGUCGCCACGAUCGAUCCUUUAUAAAUCCGAAGAUGAUUUUAUUCAGGGUGUACUGAGUGAAUUUGGCCCCCGGUUUCUCGAGCUUGCUGGCCCUGUAUGGAAAAAACAGGCCAAAGCACUCCGUCGGUCAUCAUUCAUACGACCAAAGCCCGGAAGGCCUUAA